CACCUUUUGACACGAUAACAGCAGGUCAUAAUGCGCUGCUGCUCCUUCUGAGCCAGUAAAGCACGUCACAGCCGCAACGAGCGCGCGAGACAGCGAGACGUCGAGACGUCGUUUCCGUUCACACCGACGCGUUCGACUUAUCACACGACACCGACGAGGGCGAGACGUGGCGAGCCGCGGGCGCGAGACGAAAAGGCACCACGUCGUGGAACGCGUACAGCGCGCGCGCUCUCCGUGGCCCCGGGUAAACGGAGCGCGUGAGGAGACGCGGAUAGGUCUACUGGGACCGCGGUGCGCGCGCCGUUCCAACGCCGUAGGAUGUGCGCGCGCAGCGGCGGCACGCCGAGGCGACACCAGGAAAAUGCCUCAAAAAUACAGAAAGCUCUUUUCUGGACAGGAGAAGACGUCCACUCAUCUUCUCAUCCUUUGGAUUCUGAGUCAUCUCAUUGUUCAAGUGAAUAGCUUCUCCCUGCUCAAUUCUAAAGCCGUCCUGCAGGGAUGUACAGACCAGUGGACCCUGAAGGCAAGACAGCCUGUGCCCCAGCUCCCACAGAUGACUGUGUGCAUCGACAUUCGCUUAAUGACUCCAGGGAAGUGGAUGGCUUUUAGCUACACGGUGCCUCGCUCACCGAACUACAGCCUGGCGCUGCAGGGUGAUGGCAAUACCGUGAUUGCCUGGCUCCUGGGGGUGCAACACCGCUUCCCCAUGCAGCUGGCACUGAAAAGUUGGCACCGGCUGUGUCUGCGCAUCGACUCGUUACACAACAGCUUCAGCCUGAGUGUCAACAGCAGUCAGGAGACACAAGAUCGCGCUGUGUUCGCUUACGCCAUGCAACCUAACGGCAGGCUACAGCUGGGAUGUCAGUUCUGGGAUCUUUUCCCAGGGACCAACAUGGCCACCAUAGAGCUGUACAUGUUCAGAAUGUGGGGGGACGUGCGGGACCAUGCGCAAUGCGAGAACGGGACGAUCGCUGGUUGGGACUCGAGCAUGUGGAGAAUCAUUCGAGCUACGUCUCUUGUUCAGGAUGACACACUUUCCUGCAGCGUUCUCAGUCUUUUAGACCAUGUACGGAAGAAACGCAGUAACAAUGGGAACGAGACAACCAUUGCAACUUCAACAACAUCUCCCAACACUAGCUUUACAAACACCCCCACGACCACAAGUACCACUACCACAAACACCCCCACGAUCACAAGCACCACUACCACAAACACCCCUCUUACGACCACAAGCACCACUGCCACAAACACCCCACAUUCACAAGCACCCCACGACCACAAGCACCACUACCACAAACACCCCCACGACCACAAGCACCACUACCACAAACACCCCACAUUCACAAGCACCCCACGACCACAAGCACCACUACAACAAACACCCCUACGACCACAAGCACCACUACCACAAACACCCCCACGACCACAACCAAACACCACUCUUUCUGUUACAUCAACACCUGAUAACACAACUCAACCAAACACCACUCUCAAUUUUAAAUCAACAUCAACACCCGAUAACACAACACAACCAAAUACCAUUUUAAAUGUAACACAUACAAUGUUAACACCUGAUAACACAACACAACCAAACACCACUCUCAAUGUAACAAAUACAACAUUAGCAUCUGACAACACAACACAACCAAACGCCAAUCGCAAUGUUACAGAUACAACAUUAUCACCAGAUAACACAUCACAACCAAACACCACUCUCAAUGUUAAACUUACAACAUCAACACCCGAUAAUACAUUAGCACCAAACACUCCCACUUCACAGGAAGGAAAUAGCUCCAUUACCACCACCUCCAGUACCACCAGCUCCAGCACCACCACCUCCAUCACCACCAGCAAGAGCAGUAAUGGAACAAGUUUAGCAGCGACCACAACACCACCUAACCCCCAGUCUGUGGUGGAUCAGAUUCUGAACCAGACUCAGGGGGCUUCAACCCUGAACUCCUCUCAAGUGCAGAAUGUGGUUAACCAACUGGAAGGUAUCUUGUCUGCUCCAAACAUCAGCCUGAAUGUGUUUAAGAAUGCUCUGUCUACCAUUAACAAUCUCCAAGAUGCUCCUCAAGGAGCUUUGGCCUCCUCAUCCAACCGCUUGAUCAAAAUUGUAGAUGAACUGGCAUUGAAAUUGAUCAUUCCGGACAAGUCAGUAACAAUAACAUUGUCAUCCCUCGCACUGGCGGUGACAAACAUUGAUGGAGCCAACUUUGCAGGAAUGUCAUUCUCCAUCAACGGACCAUCAGGCAUACAGAUGAAUAGCAGAAGAAGGAGGUCUGUAGCUAGUUCUUCUACUAAGAGUUCCAUCAACCUUCCUGCCUCCCUGACAGAUGGUCUCUCCCCAGAGCAGAAGCAACAGGCGUCCCGGCUUCAGUUCACAUUCUACCAGAAGAGUAGCUUCUUUCAGGACAAAUACACUAAGCAGCAGCUGAACUCUCUGAUCCUGGGGACAAGCGUUGCCAACCUGUCCAUCAGAGACUUGAAAGAAAAUGUGCAGUUCUCUUUGAUGAAUACGAGCGCUAUAGAGGGAAAUCUGACUUGCGUUUUCUGGGAUUUUAACCAAAAUGGUGGAGCAGGAGGUUGGAACAAAAGCGGAUGUUUUCUUCUGAAUAGCACAGAUACGGAGAUGAAGUGUAGCUGCAACCACUUGACCAGCUUUGCCGUGUUAAUGGACAUCUCUAGAGGUGGAAUUACUGACAAACUGCAGGACACCAUCCUCACCUUCAUCACUUACAUAGGAUGUGGAAUUUCUGCCAUCUUCCUUGCGAUCACUCUUCUCACGUACCUGGCCUUUGACAAAAUCCGAAGAGACAUCCCAUCCAAGAUCCUCAUCCAGUUGUGUCUGGCACUUUUCCUACUGAACAUGGUCUUCCUGGUAGACGCCUGGCUGGCACUCUACACCGAGGCUGUUGGCCUCUGCAUUUCCACGGCCUUCUUCCUGCACUACUUUUUGCUUGCAUCCUUCACAUGGAUGGGUCUGGAGUCCUUGCAUCUAUACCUGAGUAUCGUCAAGGUUUUCAAAAACUUUGUAUCACAUUACAUGCUGAAGUUCUCGUUGGCAGGAUGGGGUAUACCUUUAAUCGUCGUUAUUAUUGUGAUUUCGGUGGACAAAAAUAACUAUGGCCUCGUUACCUACGGAAAAUAUACCAACGGGACUGGUGAUUUCUGCUGGCUGAAUAAUGAUAUCGCCUACUAUGUGUCAGUGGUGGCCUACUUCUGUGUGAUCUUUGUAGUCAACAUGAUCAUGUUUGUGGUGGUUAUGGUUCAGCUGAGACGCAUCAAACGCCAAAACCCCCAAAAUAACCAAUACCGUAAAGGGCUCCAGGAUCUCCGCAGCAUUGCCGGUCUGGUUGUUUUACUCGGCCUCACCUGGGGAUUCGCUUUUUUCGCAUGGGGCCCCGUCAACUUAGCCUUCAUGUACCUCUUUACUAUCUUCAACUCCUUCCAGGGUUUAUUCAUCUUCGUGUUUCACUGUGCGGUAAAAGAGAGCGUCCGGAGACAGUGGAGAACUUACCUCUGCUGUGGCAGGUUCAGACUAGCAGAAAACUCAGAUUGGAGCCGUGUAGCAACUCAACACAACAAGAAGAGUUCAGUCAUCACCACCAACAUUUCAAAUAGUUCAAGGAACUCCUCCAUGAGCAAUGGCAGCUCGGGAUUAGCCUCAAACUUCAACAACUCCCCAGUGGAUGACAGCGGAUUCUCAUCUUCAGAAGAUUCCAACAACCUCGUACGUAGAGCACAAAACUAAAGUUUUGUUAGUUGGACGAUGAAGUCACCACUUGUUACAGGUUCCAGAGAAAACUUCUUUCAGGAAUAAAAUCUGAAACACAGGAAUUGAAGUACCUGAACCCUGCCACCUUCAUCGCCUCAUACAUUUAUAGAUGAAGUUGAAAAGGGAAAAAGGGUAGAACAUUAUAAUGGAGAUUAAUGUCAUAAUGAUGGUGAAGAAAGACCACUGCUCCAAACUGGAUUUCGAUUCAAGACUUUACAGAGUGUUUGGUGCACGGAUACGUAAAGGACCAGCAUUUAUUUUCAUUCGAGUGAAUAAAUGAACUUUGACUUUUCUUGGCGUUUCAAAUAUUAAAUAUCCCGAUCCAGUUUAUAGACAGAUAAUGAGACUCUACACCUCACAUGGACAAAAAAAUAAGAACAGUGAAAUUACAGCUGUGGGGUUUUGAGAGCAAAAUCUUUAAUCAAACAAAAAUAAAAUGUAGAAAAAAACUACCUAAAGAAAAGAACAGCCGUAUGUGAAACAUGACAAUAUGACAAUCAUGCAGUAUUACACAUUAUCUACAACCAAUCUAAAAAACAUUCAUAAUUUAUAGACUUCAGAGACUGAAAUAUAUUUUCUUUGUGUGUGUGUGUGUGUGUGUGUGUGUGUGUGUGUGUGUGUGUGUGUGUGUGUGUGUCCAUGUGUUCCGUGUAAUGCCAAUAUACAAGAGUUGAUUUAUUCGUCUUUAAAGGUACAGUAAUGUCAGAGAUGAUGAGUGUUAAUGAUGUGUUGUUCUUUUGGGAAUGAUUUUUUUAAUGGAGAAAAAAAAAUGUAAACCAGAAAAAUUAAGAAAAAAAUUAUUCUGUAAAAUUAAUUUUAAUGAAUGAAUUUGGUUAUUUAUUGAAUAUGGUACAUCUUUAAAAAUGUAUUGGUCAUACGAUUGAUCUGUAAUGGAAUGGCAUCACAGAAAGUGCUUAGAUGAAGGAAUAAAAAGAUUCACUCAAUACCAGAGUAAUCUGAUUAAGUAUGAUUUAUUGAAUAAACUGUAAAAGGUAUGUAAGGUUUGGUCCUGAAUUUCUUUUUAAAUUUUAGAAUUUAUGACUAUGAGAUUUAUGGUUUUUGUUUAUUUUUUUGGAUUAGAUCAUGUUUGGGACAAAUGAUGUAUGUUCUUUAAAGUCAUUUUUAAUUAUAAAAGUUUUUUUCACUUCUCACUGUAAAGCACUUUUAACUGUAUUUUAAAUGUAUUAAAGGUU